UCUCAUAUCUCUAUCAGGAAUUAUUACUGAAUUAUUAUUACUGAAGAUAUGAGGACUGUACUAAUACUUGAGGAUGACAUUGAUUUCCAACCUAACUUUAAAUCAAAUCUUAAAAGAACAUUACAAGAAGUGAACAGUCAUGAUCCUGACUGGGACCUUGUUUAUGUUGGUCGUAAAGAGCUCAGUCCAAAUGUUGAGAGUAUUAUUCCAGGAACAAAGAACCUUGUAAUACCUCGGUACUCAUAUUGGACGUUAGGUUAUAUUAUAUCAAAUAGGGGAGCUGAGAAACUGAUAGCCGGGAGACCUUUUGAUAAUAUACUACCAGUUGAUGAGUACAUACCAAUAAUGUAUAAUGACCAUCCUGAGAAUGAUUGGGUCCAUUAUUAUGAGAACACUACUAGAGAUUUACGUGUCUAUUCUGCCUAUCCAUUGCUAGUCUAUCCAACUCAUUUUGCUGGUGAUAAAGGAUGGUACAGUGACACAGAGCCACCAAUUGAGGUACUGUAGGGGAUUCGUAAAAGAAAGUUAAAAGAAGAAGAGGAGGAAGCAGCAAAGAAGGAAA